UUUUUUAAUUUCAUUUGCUGAUAGACAGCUAGCAUAGUCAAUGUGUUGUGCACCCCAGUCACUUUGGCACAUUUGAAAACUCCACCCAAGGAGACCACUGUAGGAUGCAGUUAAAGAUCUAGCACUGUGUUAAUAAAAUGCCCAGUGAAAGUGGCACUCACAUAAACAAUCUCUCUUCCCUGCAAAGCACUAGGACAUGUAUAACACAUGUGCAGGCAGAGUUUCUAUCAGCAAGGCUUGUAGUACAACUUGAAGCUGCAGAGCACUAGCCCUGUGAUUGGAGUUGCUAUGGUGAGCAGAAUUCUGUUUACACUUUCUCCUCCAGCUGACCCAGAACAAGGCUGGGCAGCCAGCAGAGGAGCAGCAACCAAAGGAGGAAAAACCAGGAGACAGUGUGUGCAGUGGGGUGAGGGUGCCAUGGGUCCCCUGCAAUUGCAGCAGUUGAUGGUGGUUGGGCUUCUCAAAGAGCCUGUGUUCCACGUGGCAAAGUGUACAGCAGAGGCUCUGAGGCUGAAUUUUCCGAACAAGAUUGCAGAACCUGUAGUGCUUCCUCUGUUAGAAUUUGCAUGGCAUGAAUAUUUACAGGAGAAAAAAAAGGAACUGAAAGGUGAAACCUGGGAGUAUCCCUCCAGUGUGAUGUGUUUUAUUGAUGGCCAAUUGCUGGGAAGUGAACAAGAACUGCUCAAGUGGGCUUAUGACAAGUGGAACUACCAAGAUUUUAAACCUGUGGCACUUUACCAAGCUAUUACUGAGGAUUUUUGCACCAAACAUAUGCAAAACAGCAAGCAUGUGUUUGUGUACUUGGACAUAGCUAUUCAGGAACAGCCCACAGGCACCUUGUUAUUUGAGCUCUAUUCUGAUAUGUGCCCCAAAACCUGUGCGAAUUUUCGUUCUUUGUGUACAGGAGAAGCAGGGACCUCUCGCAGUGGUAUGGAGCUUACUUAUAAAGAGUCAGUUUUUCAUCGAUUAGUAAAAAAUGGCUGGAUACAAGGAGGAGACAUAACAGCUGGAAGAGGAGACGGUGGUGAGUCAAUUUAUGGACCCACUUUUGAAGAUGAAAACUUUUCCAUUCCCCACAACAAAAGAGGAAUUCUUGGGAUGGCCAACAAGGGACGUCACAGCAAUGGUUCACAGUUUUAUAUCACACUACAGCCAGCUCCCUAUAUGGAUAAAAAAUAUGUGGCUUUUGGACAGCUGAUUGAAGGUACAGAAGUUCUUCAGAAACUAGAAGAUGUUUCUACGUACAAUGAAAGGCCUGUAGUAGAAUGUAAAAUUAUUAACUGUGGUGUUCUUGUGCCUUGAUUACAGCCAAUUUCCCUUCCUACUGUAAUGUAUAAAAAUGCAUGUUUCUGACCAGCCUUUUAUAGAUUUUUGUAGGCUUUUAAAAUCUAAAAUAGCAUUUUUAUACAUCUAAACUUUACCUUGAUAUUUUUUCUAGUCUAACCAUGUUCAUGGCUUGUUCACAUACAUUCUUACAUGAAUAUACUAAUGGGCUUGGGAAUUUAACUUCAUGCCAUUAUAUAGCUAUACAAAUUAUUGUAUAAAUAUGGAUGUCCAACGAGAGAUUACAUUACUGUAGGCUGCACUAUAAAUAAUCCUAUUAAGCAGAACACCAAUUAGCACUACUUCAUAAAUGAAUUUGCUAUUGAUUGUGUCCACUCAUCACAAUCAGUUAUUUACCUUUGGCCCAAUUCUGCCAUUCUUGAGUCACAUUUAAGUCAUACCUUACACUACUGGUAGUAAUAUUAAAAUCAGUGCAUGUGGGGUAAGGUACAACUCAACAUAAGGGUGGUACCAGGCGGUCUCUGAAUAUCAGAGAUCUGAUCUCACUUACAUCAGUUUAAAUCAAGAGUUACCACUGAAG